AUGCCGCCCUUCCGCAGCCCCGUCGCCGCCCUCCAGCGGCCCCGUCGCCGCCCGUCAGCGGCACCGUCGCCGCCCUUUCAACGGCCCCGUCGCCGCCCGCCCUUUCAGCGGCCCCGUCGCCGCCCUUCCGCGGCCCCGACGAUGCCCUUCAGCGGCCCCGUCGCCACCCUUCCGCGGCCCCGUCGCCGCCCUUUCAGCGGCCAGUCGCCGCCCUUUCUGCGGCCCGUCGCCGCCCUUUCAGCGGCCCCGUCGCCGCCCUUCCGCGGCCGCAUUGCCACUCAGCCGCCCAGCGCCAGAGCCGCCGAGCCGCCCAGCCGCCGAGCAGCCGAGCCGCCGAGCAGCCAAGCCGCCGAGCACCCGAGCCGCCCUGCAGCCGAGCCACUUGACCGCCGAGCUGCCCUGCAGCCGAGCCGCCCGACCGCCGAGCCACCCAGCUGCCGAGCCGCCGAGCCGCACCGCAGCCGAGGCGCUGCCGCCUGUCGGCCUGCCCGGGACCGCCCCACUUGCCUGGGUCGGGCAGUUGACUUUGAGGUAUGGGUAGAUGAUUUGCAGCUUUUCCUACAGUUCGAUAGGGCAGACGGUCUCUCCCUGUUUGACCUCACUUCUGGUGCCUCUCCUGCCCCUGCUGCUAAUGCUGUCGCCACUGUUCGCUCACAGUGGGCCACGCGUGAUGCUGCUGCUCGCCUUGCUGUGCGCCGCCACUUACCGACCACUGAGCGUGCACACUUUAGCCAUUACAAGAGUGCUCAGACCUUGUACGACGGUGUAGUUGCACGCUACUCUUCCCCUGCCACUGCUGCACUGAGCCGCCUCAUGCUACCGUACCUCUUCCCUGACCUUGCUGCCUUUCCCAUAGUCGCCGACCUCAUUACGCACCUCCGCACUAGUGACACUCGCUACCGCGCUGUGCUUCCUGCUGAUCGGUCAAUGCUGCAUCUGCCCCGAGCGGGAGACGCCGCACCGGCAAGUGCAAGCGGGGCAAGGGCGCUGGAGGGGCUGGCGGGGGCGGUGGAGGUGGUGGUGGAGGAAGUGGAGGGAGUGGGGGUGGUGGUGGGAGUGGUGCCGGGGGUGGCGGCAGCGGCGGCAGCGGCGGCAGCAGUGGAGGCGGCGGAGGCGGCGGUGGUGGCGGAGGGAGCGGAGGCGGCGGAGGUGGCGGAGGAGGCGGAGGUGGAGGAGGCGGCGGAGGCGGCGGCGGCGGCGGCGGCGGUGGUGGAGCAGGUCACGACUCUUCGCAGAGGAGUGGCUCAGGUGGUGGUCCGCGCCAGCAGCAGCGGAGUGGUGUGA